AUGAAGAAGAAGCAACUUUCUGGAAAGAACAAAGUUUCAAAACCUUUCAAAAAGAAUGCAUCAUCAAAAUCCCAAACCAAAAUACCCAAAGCUAAAGAAGAUCGUAUUUUAGAAGCUGAUAGCUUAAAAUGGAAAAGCGUUGAUAUUCCUGAAACUUUAGAUGAUUUUGGUGGAUUCUAUGGGUUAGAAGAAAUAGAAGGUGUUGGUGUUAAGUACGUUGAUGGUAAAGUGCAAUUUGUCACUAAAAGCGAAGAUAAAGUUGAACCUAUCGAAAAGGAAGAGGAAAGCACCGAAGAGACUCAAGAAGAACCAAAGGAAACAAAGAAGGAAAAGAAGCAAAAAGUGAAAGAGCAAAAGAAGGAGCAAAAGAAGGAGCAAAAAGAAUCAGAACUUGAAGGUUUCAGUAAAGUUUCAAGCACUUUAAACUUUGAAGAUAUUGAAUUACCAGAUACUGAUGUUGAGCUACCAGCCUGGUCUAAUUUAGAUUUAUCAAACUUUACAUUAUCAGGAUUAAAUCAUUUAGGAUUCGAAAAACCAACACCUAUCCAGAAAAGAUGUAUCCCACUUUGUAAUGAAGGUAAGGAUAUUAUAGGGAAAGCUUCAACCGGUUCUGGUAAAACUUUAGCAUAUGGUAUUCCAAUUUUGGAGAAAUUAGUAGCAAACAGAGAAUCAAAAUUUCCAACUGGUAUCAUCUUCACUCCAACAAGAGAAUUAGCCCAUCAAGUUGUUGAUCAUUUGAAUAAGAUUUCCAAGUUUUUCCCAUUUAGUCAAAGUUCAAUUUUAAGUUUAACUGGUGGUUUGUCUAUUCAUAAACAAGAAAGACUUUUGAAAUAUGACAACUCAGGUCAAAUUAUUGUUGCAACACCAGGUAGAUUUCUAGAAUUGAUUGAAAAAAAUACAGAGUUCGCUAAGAAGGCUGCAAAUGUGGAAAUUUUGGUUUUGGAUGAAGCUGAUCGUUUGUUACAAGAUGGUCAUUUUGAUGAAUUUGAACAAAUUUUGAAAGUUUUGAGCACAAAUAGAAGUAAACAAGGCAAAUGGCAAUCAUUAGUGUUUUCAGCUACUUUUUCAUUGGAAUUAUUUUCCAAAUUGGCAAACACCCAAUAUCGUCCAAAAGGUGAAGAAGUUGAUGAAAAGAAACAAAUCAUCAAUCUUUUAAAUGAAAAGUUGAAAUUCAAAGCUGAACCAGAGUUUAUUGAUUUAAAUCCAAACCAAAAACUGGCUGGUGAUAUCACUGAAACUUUGGUUGAAUGUUUACCAGCUGAACGUGAUUUGUUCUUAUAUUAUUUUCUGUUAAUGUACCCAGGUACAACAUUGGUGUUUACAAAUGCUAUUGAUUCUGUGAAGAGAUUAGUCCCAUAUCUAAACAACUUGAAAGUUCCAACAUUUGCCAUUCAUUCAUCCAUGCUUCAAAAACAGCGUUUAAACAACAUUGAGAAAUUCAAAGAAGCUGCACAAAAGAAUAAUGAUCCAAAUAAAUCCACAGUUUUAAUCGCUUCGGAUGUUGCUGCAAGAGGUUUAGAUAUUCCAGGUAUUCAACACGUUAUCCAUUACCAUCUUCCAAGAAGUGCUGACGUUUAUAUUCAUCGUUCAGGUAGAACCGCAAGAAGUGGUAAAGAAGGUAUUUCUGUUAUGAUUUGUUCACCACAAGAAGCUAGUGGACCUUUGAGAAAUUUGCGUAAGGCGCUUGCUGAUGAUAAAACCAAAUACAGGGGGAAAUCCUCAAGAAAAUGGACCAAAGAUGUUCAACGUUUGCCUGUUGAAACUGAUAUUGUUAGUCAGUUGAGACAAAGAUCAACCUUGGCUUCACAGCUAGCUGAUAGUGAAAUUUCCAGUAAAUCAUUAAGUAAGGAAGAUAACUGGAUGAAACAAGCUGCACAGGAUUUGGAUAUUGAUGUUAGUGAUAUGGAGGAGGAUGAAAUUUUGAAGAAAAACCGUAAUAAAAAGGAAAAUAAACGUUUAUCCUCAGAUGAGACUUCCAAAAAGAGAUAUGAAUUGACACAUUUGCUAAAACAAUCUAUCAGAAAAGAUUUAAGAAGAAGUUACUUGACUGGUGGAUUGAACAAUCUAGCUGAUUCUAUAGUGAAAGGUGUCGGUCAUGGUAACAUUAUGGGUCAUGAUAAAGUUGAUGCUUUAGAUCAAUUGAGAAUAAAGAAAAAACAAAAAACUAAAUAG